AUGGGUGAUGGGGGCGCGGAACGCGACCGUGGCCCCGCACGCCGGGAGUCUCGCGGAGGGCGCGGCGGGGACCGCGGCGCAGCGGAAGAUUCGAGAGCUGAGGCCGGCGGCCACAGCCCAGGGGAGAUUGCCAGGACCUCCGCCUCCAGCCCCGCGGGCUCCAGGGAGAGCGGCGCCGACAGCGACGGGCAGCCCGGGCUCGGAGAGACGGACCACUGCCGCCGCAUCCUGGUACGAGAUGCCAAAGGGACCAUCCGGGAAAUUGUCCUUCCGAAGGGCCUGGACCUGGACCGGCCCAAGCGGACUCGCACAUCCUUCACGGCCGAGCAGCUGUACCGCCUGGAGAUGGAGUUCCAGCGCUGCCAGUACGUGGUGGGCCGGGAGCGCACUGAGCUGGCCCGCCAGCUGAACCUCUCAGAGACCCAGGUGAAGGUCUGGUUCCAGAACCGCCGCACCAAACAGAAGAAAGACCAGAGCAGAGACCUGGAGAAGCGGGCGUCCUCCUCCGCGUCCGAAGCCUUCGCCACUUCCAACAUCCUUCGGCUGCUGGAGCAGGGCCGGCUGCUGUCCGCGCCCAGGGCCCCCAGCUUCCUGGCACUGACGCCCGGCCUCUCGGGCCUGCCUUCUGGCCACCGGGGCACCUCCUUGGGUGACCCCAGGAACUCCUCCCCGCGCAUCGCCCCGCUGACCUCGGCCUCCGCGUCCCCUCCGCUGCCGCCCCCUCCGCCAGGGCUCUGCUUCUCCACUGCGCCCCUCCUGGACCUGCCCGCCGGCUAUGAACUGGGCUCUUCGGCCUUCGAGCCCUACAGCCGGAGCUGCAGCCGGCUAGGACGGAGAGUGGGCAGCCCUGGCGGCGCCAAGAAAGCUAACGCUUAA